CAUCUCCUUCUUCUUAAUCUCACAAUCCGUUACUCCUUUUCUCCUCUUUUUUUCUCCUCUCACCUCCUUGUUGUUUCCUCCUCUUCCUCCUCCUCCUCCUCAUCACUCUCUCUCCUCCUCUUUACCACUUCAUCCUUUCCUUCUUCUUCUUCACCUCCUGACUCCUUCUCUCCUCUUUCGAAUCACCUCCUCUCCUCCUCCUCUUCUUUCACCUUCUCCUUUCAAGUUUGACCUUCAUCUUUUCUCUCUUCUUCUCUCCAGCACCUCCUCCUCCUCCUCCCUUGGCUCCCUGUUCCUCUCUCCCUCUUGUUCUUCUCUCUCUCCUCUUUCCCCCCUCUUUCUCCUCUCCUCUGCUCCUCCUGUCUGAGAUAAUCCUCUUCUUUUUUUUUAAGCGAACACCUCCUCUUCACCUCCUCAGCACCUUUUCCUCCUGUGUAAUCACCUCCUCCUCUCGUCUUCUCCCUCUGUUUCUCCUUUUUCUCUCUCCUCACUCACUUGUCCUCCUCUUUCAUCUUGACUCCUUUCUCUCUCUCCCUCUCUCUCUGGAUCUCCCUUGCACCUCCUGUGUUUUUGGAGCCUCCCUCCCUCCUGCCGUCUCCCCCUCCUCCCGCCUCAGUCUCCCCCUCAGCAGCAGGAGGAGCAGCAGCCUGUCGGUGUUUCGGCGGAGCAGGAGGAGAACCGGCGGAGCGGCAGAGCGAUGCAGAGAGCGCGGCAGGAUGUCUUUCACCUCCUCCUUCUUCUCCUCCUCCUGGUCCCGGACUCUCCGAGUCUUCCUCCUGUUGCUGCUCCUCCUCGCGCCUCCGUGUCUCCUCCACCCUCAGCCGUGUCACCUCCUGGCGCAGAUCGGACACUCGGUGCGCGUCGGUGCGCUCUUGCCGGCGCAGCGCGCGGCUCGUGUGCGGGUCCAGGCGGCGCUGAACCGCGCGGCAGCGGCUCUGAGACGGGACCGGGAACGGGACCGGGAUCUGGACUUGGACCUGGACUUAGACCGGGACCUGGACCGGGACCGGGACAACUUUCUGCCCUACAACCUGAGCCUGGAGCUGGUGUCCCGGCAGCCCGCCGCCGCGGACCCACAGUCCGUGAUCCGGAUCGUGUGUGAGGGCGUGGUGGUGCGCGGAGUCUCCGCCGUCCUCGCCUUCCCUCAGAGCCGCGAGGAGCUCCUACAGGUGGACCUGCUGGCGUCUUACCUGGAGAUCCCGUUCCUCAGCGUGUUCGAGCACGAGGAGCCGCUCCGCACACAGGUACGACUCUGAACCACACCUGGAGCAGCCCGGGCAGCGCGCGCGCUCCAUGCAGUGUGUGUGUGUGUGUGUGUGUAUGUGUGUGUGUGUUUGACCUUGACCUGUUUGAUGUCUGGAGGUUUUCUGGUCCAUUUAACACAGAGACACAGAGACUGUUUCUGUUUUUUCACCUUUAAUGUUUUUUUGUUUCUCUUCAGUUUAAAAUCAAAAGUCAAAGUUGUCUCUCUGAGGUUUCAGGGUCCAUCCUCAUACUGGAUUUAUGCUUUUGGAUUCUGCGUCAGAAACCUGGACAAAAAAACAUUUCACUAAAUUGAAACCAUAAAGAAAAAACAGAACUGAUUUAUACCACUCAUUAUUUCACCGCCUGACAGAACGAAUCCAAGCGUGUGAAUAAAAAUGAUCAUAAUGUUGAUAAAGUCAUGUUGGCUGCAUGUUUGUCGUAUGGUUUCGUGUUCUCAUGGUUGUGUGUUUGCUGUGUUCAUCCUGGAUUUCUUUGUCCAGGGCCCACGUUGGCCCGGAGCCUGGAGCUUGAGUACUUUGGCCUGUGGCAGGAUCUGCUGCUGAUUCAAGUCAGGGCCGCGACCCUCUGCUGCAACUCAUCCCCCCGUCUUUACAGCCACAUCUCCUGCUCCUCUUUAUCUGUCCUCUCGGUCAAAGUCUCCAAAGUCACUUUACAAACUCUCUGCUCUCCAACUUUAGCUGCAGGUGAUCACAGAGUUAACCAUCAUUCACUCAUUCAUCUGUUUAUAAUUCAUUCCUCUGUUAUUGUUGUAGUUCUGUAUGAAAAUUAAUCAGAACAAUUAUCAGAGAAGAGUGAUAACUGUUAUCUCACAGUGCAUUAUGGGAGAAGUAGUUUAUUGUUGUUAGAUGUGUUUGUCUUAAACGCGAUCUUUUGUUGUCGUUGUGCGGUUGUUGUACGGUUGUGUCGUUGUUGUGCGGUUGCGUGUGCGCAGAAACGAGUGGUGAUGAAGUGUUGUUGAAACUGUGAAUGGGAUGUAAGAAUCUCGUUAAAAGUCCCUCGUUAGAGACUUAACGAGCAGAUAAUUAGCUGCUGACACUUAGAAACAGACUGCUGAUUGCAGGCCCACACACACACACAUACACACACACACACACACACACACACACACUCUAACUGAGCCCGGAGGUGCCUUCAGGAUCCCAGAAAGAAACAGGAAUCAGAAAUAUUUUGGUUCACAGGAUAAAAACAGGUUACCAUGGGGACGGCAACAUCACACCUGACUGACUGAGAGCACAGCCACCUGUCCCCACCUUUAUCCACCUUUAUCCACCUAUCUUACCUGUCCUCACAUGUCAUCAUUUCACUGCCCUUGCCUUUUCCUUUUACCUGUUCCCAACUGUCCCUACCUGGUCUGAUCUUAACUCACCUGUUCUUACCUGUCCUAAUCUCUCUGCAUCUGUCCCAGCCUGUCCUGUCUCCUUCUUACCUGUCCUUUCCUGUCCCGAUAUUCUCUUUCUGGUUCUCACCUGUCUUUAUAGAUCCGUCUUUUUUUGUCAUUACCUGUCCCACAUGUUCUUACCUGUCCUCUUCUCUUCAUUGCUGGUCCUUGCCAGCCUUCCAUCCUUACCUGUCCUCACUUUUCUCACCUGUUCCCACAUGGUUGUGUCUUGCCUCUCCCUUUCAUGACCCGUCCUCAUCUUUUCAUCUCCCUGUUGUUGCUCCUUUCAUCCUCAUCAUUUCUUACCUGUCCCUACCGAUCACCCCUUCCUAUCACCUGUAUCCACCUUUCCUUCCCACCCUUACUUUAUUACCUUUUUACUUUUAUACUGUGACAAGUAUAACUGAGUAUCAUCUGCAUAAAGAGCUGAGCUGGGUUUUUUUUGGCGCUGGCGGCGUCUUUAACCUCAAUGUCAGAGCACUUCUUACCAGCAUUAUGACCACUUUCCUCAUAAGUGACUGUUAGGUCUGUUUUAAAACGCUCUGUGUGCUUCAUAUUUGCUUUUAUUCAACAGUUUUUCACAAAUAUGUAACAAUAAUGGAUAGAAAAUAUCGUAUCAAUACUAACAGCUCUUGGAUUUGACUGGAUUUUGGGGAUUGAUUUAGACCAGUUAGUAUCUUAACUUGGUACCAGAAGGUUGGUGUUGCAUCUUCAUGUUCCUCUGUUAAGUAUGGUGUGCCUCAGGGGUCAGUUUUGGGUCUUGUUUAUAUUUUUGUAAUCAUGCUUCCUCCUGGGACACAUAAAACAAAGACAUUAGACCUUUACACGGAUGAUACUCAGCUGUACCCUCCUGUUGAAGUCACUCAUCCUGGGCUGUUUAGUUCACUCCAUUACUCUUUACAGGAAGUUAAAACUCUGAUCUGAACAGUGAACUUCCCAGUUUGGGAUCAAUAAAGUAUAUCUAUCUAUCUAUCUGUUCCUUUAGUUAAAUCUGAUCUGAACAUUUCCUUUGGUCGUUUCCCAGUGAAACUGAAAUCCUUGUUAUCAGGUCCCAGCAGAUGGCUAAACAAGUCCUGCCAUCUGCUGGGUUCCUGGUGGAUCAUAUUAAGCCCGUUGUAAGGACCCUUGGCAUCUGGUUUGGCAGCAGUUUGAGUUUUGAACAACACAGCACUAAACUUGUACUGUCAUGCUUUUGUGAUUUUAGAAACAUCCCAAAGAUACAGUCCUUACUUUUUAAUGUUAUAAAGUCGCAGAGACGAUUUUACAAACUUUUAUUUCAUGACAGCUGGAUUACUGUAACACUCUUUUUACAUCUCAAACUGCAGCUGGUGAAGAACUUUGGAAGAACCCAUAAAUUUGAGCACAUUAUACUUUUUGUUGAUAUAUUUUAGUCUGAAACGUCCUUAAAGUGACCAGAUUUAAUGUUUCCUGGUUUUAUUCAAGCCAGUGAAGAUCCCUCUGAAAUCUGUUUAUUUUGCAUUUUUAAUUUUGUGAUGGAGUUCUUGAAAAGUUCCGUGUUUAUAGAUUAUUUAUAUUAUCGUUCAAUCAAACCACAAGAAGCUCGAUAUUGGUUGGUGAACAUCGUUUGGUUAUUUCAAAGUCAAGUGCAAAAACGGCAUCGCUCCACACAAUGAGCUGACAAUAAACAUCAAUAGAAAGCUUCUCAUGAUAUCCCCUUAAGGAAAGAUUUGUUUUACUUCACUUUAUAUAUGAAUUAAAGUAAAACAAAUCGGUCCGAGCGUCGAGCCCUGUGGAACUCCACGGUUAACGCUCGUGUGUUCUGAGGACCUCUUAUCUACAAGUAAAGAUACGAUCGAUCUGAAACACCAACGUAUGCAAAAUCAGAAAAUAUUCAGAAGGAACUAGAACUCCAUAACUCUGAAUAUAACCUUCUCUGUUACCAUGGCAACCAGCCAGGUAAAAAAAAAAGAGGGACAGCUUCAGAGAAGAAGAGACCGAGAGAGAGCGAGGGAGAGGUUUUCAAGUCUGUUCUCUGUGAGUGUGAGUGUGUGUUUAAAUCUAGCAUGUCCCCAAGCCGAAACUUCCUGCUCCAGUCCCUUUGAUCAUCCUGCUGUUACUACGUCUCCACGGCGACACCAGCUGCUGCUGUGAGCUGAUUGGUUGUUUGAUUGACAGACAGGAAGCGGGAAACAGGAUGGAGUGACAGCCUCAGUUUGUUUAGAUCUGCUUUGGGGAAAAAAACACGUCUUAAAACAGAGGGGGGUGUCUGCAGCCACAGAACCGGAUCAGGUUCUGAUCCCAGACCUCAGUGUAGGGAUCAGAACUGAUCCAGCUCUGAGCCAGCUGGCGGGGGAGCAGAAGGAGCUCUGGAUCUCCUCAUUCAUCCUCCGCGGAGGAAGGAGGAGGAGGAUCAGGACUCAAGCUGCUCAGGAAGUCAAGCGGCAGAGGAAAACUGAGCUUCAAACCACCAUAAGACAUUCCUCUCAGCUGAUUGGCUGCUGAUCAGCUGAUUGGCUGCUGAUCAGCUGAUUGAAGUUUUCUCUGUGUUUAUUUUUUCAGUAUGAAGCAGAGUGUGAAGCAGCUGUUCUCCCAGCAGGCUUUGCUGUCAGUGAGUCAGGACUCCGGUUCAUAAAUAAACAUCAGAGUGAGAGCUCCUCCUGCUGACAUGGCUAGCGUAAUGCUAACAGCUGUUAGCCUUACGAAAAUAACACAACAUCAACAACAACAACAACAACAACAACAACAUCAACAAAAAAAACAGAAAAAAAAAUCAUCAACAUAAUAUUAAAAACAACACCAUCAUCGACAAAACAGCAACAACACAACGAUAAAAACACAACAACCACAACACUGGUGAUGGUAGUAUCCUUAGCAACAACCAGCAUCCCAGUGUAGAUCCCUUUUCAGGGUAACACAUUGUGAAAAGUUUUAGUAAAGAAGCUGACAUCAAGUGUAACACACAAUGUAUACAGCCCAUAGUAAACAUGGCCGACAGUGUACACAGCCCAUAGAUAACAUGGCUAACACUGUAGACAGCCCAUAGUAAACAUGACCGACAGUGAACACAGCCCAUAGUAAACAUGGCCGACACUGUAGACAGCCCAUAGUAAACAUGGCCGACAGUGUACACAGCCCAUAGAUAACAUGGCUAACAGUGUUUACAGCCCAUAGUAAACAUGGCCGACACUGUAGACAGUCCAUAGUAAACAUGACCGACAGUGAACACAGCCCAUAGUAAACAUGGCCGACACUGUAGACAGCCUAUAGUAAACAUGGCUAACAGUGUACACAGCCCAUAGUAAACAUAGCUGACAGUGUACACAGCCUAUAGUUAACAUGGCAGACAGUGUUUACAGCCCAUAGUAAGCCUGUAACAUGGCCCUCUGUAAAUGUUGUUGUGAAAUUUUGUCGCACAGUGACGCUUUAAUUGAACUAACAUGUACAAGUGUGGACUGGUGCAGACUGAUUUAGUUGGAUGUGGUCUGAAGUGGUCCAGUUUUGACUUUUGUAGAACUUGCUGGGGGUGUUUAGAGUCCAACUGGCUUGGAGCCAUCUGAUUGGCUGACUCUUUGAUGUAAACAGGAUGUGAUAGACUGGAUGAGAGCCAGUCUGAAUCAUUAAUCUCUGGACUGUAACAAGCUUUUAGUGAGAUGAAACUUUUAAACCUGAACUCUUUCCUAAUGCUACACACACACACACACACACACACACACACACACACACACACACACACACACACACACACACACACACCCUUGUCAGUGCCCAUAUAAGGUGUACAUUAAGUAACCUGUGAGGAAUAAUUUCAUAUUUUGUGAUCAAUAAAUGAACUAUAAUCGUAAUAAUGAUAAAGUUAAAUCUUACCCUGUUCAGACAAACUCAGAUCCACUCAGGCUGUAAUAAGUUUAAUAAGUUUAUUCACAAAUAUUUAUUUACAUCAGUAUAAAUUCAGACUGUUGUGGAUCAGAGCGUUCAGAAUCAGAUCGGAUUAUUACUGACGCUGCGUUCAGGUGCCUCAGGACAAACAGAGGAGCCGCUUCAGUUGAAGUUGUUUGAGCGCUCGGUUCAGUGUGGACUUUGACUUCGGACUCAGCUUACACAGAGCUGCUGCAACAGGCCGCAGAUCGAUAUUUCAUCAGACAGGGAGAAGGUCAGAAGGAUUAAAGAGGACGGCCUCCAUCAUCCUCCUCAUCCUCAUUUCAGUCAAACUCUCAAACAUAAUCUCCCGGGUUAGUGUCCUGUUUACAGAUUUUUACGUAUUAAAUCAAUUGUUUCCUCUGAGUCUGUUUACAGAGAGUCUGUUUGCUGUGUUUCUGUAAGAACCUGGGACUGCACAAAGUCAUUAUUUAUUAUUUUCAUUGAUUUCUUUCUUUUUUUUUGUCCUUAUUUGACUGUUUGAGACAGAAAAUACUGGGGGAGGAUAAUAAACACCAAAUCCUGCAGGACCGGGAAUCUCACAACCACAGCCUCUGCACACACAGCCAAACCAGCGUCUCUGUUGGUUUUAUCUUCCACACACAUUAUUCUGUAAAAUCCAAACAGAACAUUUGAACACAAGCUCUGCCUCUGUUCCUACAUAUCCCAUGAUGCCCCAGGAUACAGCGGCCCCACGAGGAAGGAGCGGCUGUAUUCAGCUGAGUGGAAAAAUGUAAAAAGAGGAACAAAGUCAGCUGAUUUUAUUAUUCCAACCUCAGGACACUUUUACUGCUUCAGUCUGCGGAAACACUUUCACAGGUUAGAGACACUGAAGGGCCGCCGUGGCCCUGGGGUACAGCCGGUCCUCUCCGUAGAAGGUUGGCGGUUUGAUUCCCGGUUUGAAAUGUCCUUCAGCAGCAGUGUGUUUGUUGUUGUGUGUAAAUGUGUGUCAUUGUACGGAUGGUGACACUGAUCUCAGACGGGAUCUCUGACUGUUCCCUGAGUUUGAUUAACAGACGAUUGACGGAGGGUUGGACUUGGUCUAGCUCUAAGUUACGACCUCGGCUCCACGGUAACUUCAUUAUUUUUGUGUUUGAGGAGAUUUUCAGCUUUUUUGGAGCUGAAUAAAAAUAAAAACGGUGACAUAAUCAAUAAAAAAUGAGCCCAGUAAAUUAGAGGUCAGUAAGAAAUGAUGUUCAGUUAAGGACAGAGGACAGAAUGAAGAGUUGGGUUCAGCAGAAACAGAAAACUCAAUAAGAGCAAAAGAAAUGAGAAUUUUCAGUAAAAAAACAAGAAGACAGAACAGCAAAACAGAGUCUAGAAGUAAAAACUGUAGAGUUCAUAAGAAACAGAAGAAAAAUAUCAGAAACAGUAAAAUUCUGUUUGAACAGAAGAGAGAAAAAAAGGUAGAGUUGAACAAAAAAGUAGAACUCAGUCGAAAAAGUAGAGACCAGUAAGAAGGUUCAAAGUGAACAGUGGAGUUCUGAAGAUACAAUAGAGAUCAGUAGAAACAUUAGACUUCAGUAGAAACAGCGUUCAGUAGAAUCAGUUAAGUAAAGUAGAAUCAAUAAGAACAAUGGAGUGAAGUAAAAACUGUUGAUCUAAGUAAGAAGAGAUGAUCUCAGUAGAAACAGUAGAUUUAGGUGUAAACAGUAGAAAUCAGAAGGGCUUAGUAGUUGUCAGUAGAAACAGUAGAUCUCAGUAAAAACAGUUUUUGUCGGUAGAGCUUAGUAGAAACAGCAGAAACGGUAGAACCAGUAAAGCUCCAUAAAAACUGUAGAGUUCAGCAGAAACAGUAAAUUUCAGUAGAAACAGUAGAACUCAGUAGAGCUAAGAAAAGACCUCAGUAGAACCCAGCAGAUCACAGUAGAAACAGUAGAUCUCCGAAGGUCUCAGUAGACUUUAGUAGACUGUAGUAGAUCUCAGUAGAAACAAUAAAAAACAGUAGAGUUCAGUAGAAACAGUAGUUGUCAGUAGAAACAUUAGGCCUCAUUAGAAACAGUAGACCUCAGUAGAGCUCAGUUAAGACCUCGGUAGAAACAGUAAAAAUAGUUAAGUUUAGUAGAAACAGUAGAGCUCAGUGGAAACAGUUGAGUCCAGUAGAAACACUAGAACCCAGUAGAGUUUAGUAAAGACCUCAUUAGAAACAGUAAAAAUAGUAAAGUUCAGUAGAAAUAGUUGUCAGUAGAAACAUUAGGCCUCAUUAGAAACAGUAGACCUCAAUAGAGCUCAGUUUUGACCUCAGUAGAAAAAGUAGAACCCAGUAGAGCUUAGUAAAGACCUCAUUAGAAACAGUAAAAAUAGUAAAGUUCAGUAGAAAUAGUUGUAUAUAUACAAUAGUAGAAACAGUAGAGCUCAGUGGGAACAGUUGAGUUCAGUAGAAACAGUAGAGCUCAGUAGAGCUCAGUAAAGACCUCAGUAGAAACAGUAAAAAUAGUAAAGACCAGUAGAAACAGUAGAUCUCAGUAGAGCUUAGUAAAGACCUCAUUAGAAACAGUAAAAAUAGUAAAGUUCAGUAGAAAUAGUUGUAUAUAUACAAUAGUAGAAACAGUAGAGCUCAGUGGAAACAGUUGAGUUCAGUAGAAACAGUAGACCUCAGUAGAGCUCAGUAAAGACCUCAGUAGAAACAGUAAAGACGAGUCGGCAGGCGGAGGGAGGCGUGGAUUUGGAGGUUGUCAGAAACUUUUUGAUGAUUCAGUUUGUUGUUUUUUUUUUUUUGAUCAUCAAACAUUUUUUCAACUCUUUGAUCCUUGAAGAUCCACCUGUCAGAGCGUAGUCAUGGAGACGACACCGUGCCCCGCAUCACCAUGACAACGGGGAGACAGGGAGACAGUCUCACUUAAAAGGAUUUAUUUCUCCUCUUGAUUCUGAGAGGACAGGAAGGAGGAAGAGGAGGAGGAGGAGGAGGAGGAGGAGCGAUGUGAGUCUGAGAGACGCUCGGCUCGGUCAGCAGGGAGAGACGACGGGGUGAGGCGAGUAUCAGAAAAUCAUUCUAGACAGAACGAAUCAGGAUGAAGAGCACAAUAAUGAAACCAUCAGACUGAAAACAAAGACCAGGAGGAGGAGAAGGGAUGAGAAGAAAGAGGAGGAGGAGGAGCAGAGAGGAAAAAGAGGAGGAGGAGGAGGAGGAGCUGAUUUGUUAUUUAUGAUCCAAAUUUGACACAAAAACAGGCGAUAAAGUCAGAGCAGGACUCAGAUGAGAUCUGAGCUCCACCGCCGUGAUAUUUCCUGACCAAUCAGAGAGCUUUAUUCACGAUUCACACACACAUGAGAGGAGCCAGGGAUCGAACUGUGUGUCCUCCUUCUCCUGAGCCACACACACACACACACACACACACACACACACACACUAGUGUUUGAUCUUUCCGGGUUUCGGUCUGGAGGGUCUGCAGGUUCCUCUGUCAUGUUUCUGAUGCCCGUCGGCGUUGUUACGGUGUCUCUGACGGAGCUUCAUGUCUCUGAUUAUUGAAGGAGGAAAGAUCUAGACUCAGAUUCCUCUCAUUCUUCACUUACGUGUUCAUAUAGAUAAAAAAACACCAGAUGCGGUGCAACAGAAAGACAGCAAAACAAAAUCUGGUUCAAUCGGACUUAUCAGAACAAUCGCUGUAGUUUGUCUUUGUGAGCGUCUUCGUCUGAGAGAUCAGAGAGAUUUUAAACUUUAAUAACAGACCAAAUUCACGCUGUUAUCAGACUCUUUUUCUUCUUCUUCUCCUCUCCCUGAAAAUGAAACUGAAAAAGAAGAAAAAUAAGCCGUCUGGCUGCAGAAUCAGAGGAGAUGUCCUGGUUUGUUUUUCUCAUGUUGUUUCUGGUCGGACUCAGAACCCUGAGAAUCUCUGGGUUCUGGUUCUGGGGUUCUCUUUGUCCUUUUUGAAGACCUGGAUGUUUUUAAGUCCUCGUUUUCUUUGUGUUGGUGUAUUUCUGUGUCAAAAUCAAAGAAAUGAACAAACGACAGAAUAAAAAAACUCCUGAACAGAGGACAGGUGAGCUCUCCUCCGACCGUGUCGCUACCUGAUCCGUCACAGAAACCUGAUUUGUACCGCGCAUGUGCGAAAUGUCGCUUCCUUUCUUGGCAUUUUAAUGUAUUUAAUGCAAAUUUAGUUCACCUUAAAAACUUUAUUUAAACUACCGAUCGAUUCAGAAACAGGCUGGCGAUGUGACAGGUUAGCUAGCAGGAGGCUCUGGAGCUAAUGCCGAGGUAUUCGCUAGAGCUCCUGCCAAGAACGAUGAGACCUUUUGGGCCACAGAGAGCGCCACCACCUGGUCAAAAUUAUGGUUCUCUGGGUUUUUUUUUUUCAUAAAUUAAAUCAGUUAAGAAGACGCCGACACAUUAUGGACAAUAAUUUCAGCGUUUUUAUACAGCGUUUCAAUUUCAACCCUGAAAUAUUCACAUCGACUUUUACAGGACGCAUAAAAACCUAAAACUCUCUCACUGUGUUUAAUUCAACUUUAAGAACAGCGCCACCCUCUGGUCAGUCUGUGUGCUGUGAUUCUCAGACCUAAUGUUCUGACUCUGUCCGUCUGUUUCUCCCUCUGCUUCUCUGUCCUGGCCCUCCUGGUCCUGUUGGUUCUGUGUAGAACCGGUUCCACCUGCAGAUGGUGACGGGGGUUCCUGAGUCCAGUCUGUCUGAUCUGCUGCUGGCGGUUCUGCAGCGGUCCGGUCGGAGGGAGGGGAAUGUGGUUCUGUGUCGAGGAUGGGAGGAGUCAGGUGGUCUCCUGCAGCUGCUGGAUGAUUGGAGCGAUAAAGGCGAAUCAUGGGCUGGAGGAGGCGGGGCCACCUGGCACCUGCGCGCCGUCCUGAACCUGACGCAGUCGUCACAUGAUGACACUCAGAUCCACGACUUCCUGUCCCGACACUUCAGGCAGAACCAGUCCUUGCCGACAUCUGUGCUGCUGUUCGGAGCUGACCCGCAGUGUGCAGCGGCGGUUCUACGCAGCGCCCAGGACUUGGGACUAACCUUACCCAUGAUGCACUGGGUUCUCGGCCAGCCGCUCAGCCCUGAUGCGCUGCACGCCAUUGGACUACCGCUCGGCCUGCUGGCAUACGGCGAGGUUCAGAGGAAACCGCUGGACUUCUACGUCAGAGACGCCCUGAUGCUCAUCACCAGAGCUGUCUCCACGGCAACCAUGGUGAGACCGGACCUGGCUCUGAUACAGAACAUGAAAAACUGCUAUGACCAGGUGACCUCAUCAGGACAAUACCUGUCCAGGUAAAAACAUCACUUUGAAUUAUUUUGGUAUUAUAUUCUUCAUGUUGUCAAAUAUUAUAUUAUAUUAUAUUAUAUUAUAUUAUAUUAUAUUAUAUUAUAUUAUAUUAAAUUAUAUUAUAUUAUAUUAUAUUAUAUUAUAUUAUAUUAUAUUACAGUAUAUCAUAUAAUGUUAUAUUAUAUUAUAUUAUAUUAUAUUAUAUUAUAUUAUAUUACAUUAUAUUAUAUUAUAUUAUAUUAUAUUAUAUUAUAUUAUAUUAAAUUAUAUUAUAUUAUAUUAUAUUAAAUUAUAUUAUAUUAUAUUAUAUUAUAUUAUAUUACAUUAUAUUAUAUUAUAUUGUUAUAUUAUAUUAUAUUAUAUUAUGUUAUAUUAUAUUAUAUUAUAUUAUAUUACAUUAUAUUACAUUAUAUUAUAUUAUAUUAUAUUACAUAGUAUUAUAUUAUAUUAUAUUAAAUUAUAUUAUAUUAUAUUAUAUUAUAUUAUAUUAUAUUAUGUCAUAUUAUAUUAUGUUACAUAGUAUUAUAUCAUAUUAUAUUAUAUUAUAUUACAUAGUAUUAUAUUAUAUUAUAUUAUAUUAUAUUAUGUUAUAUUAUGUUAUAUCAUAUUAUAUUAUAUUAUAUUACAUUAUAUUAUAUUAUAUUAACAGACAAGACUCUGGAGUGGAAAUCACCGCACAGGCUCAAAAUUACUUCAGAAACUAUCAGAGUCACUAAGAUUUACAGAACCUGGUCUGCUGGAUUUACUUCAGUCUGCAGAGAGUUGUUGUAAACAGGAUGUUGUAUAUAGGUCAGUGUAAACAGGUUGGUGUUAAUGGGUUAGUAUAGACAGGUUGUUGUUGUUGUUGUUGUUUUCUGUCAGACGUGUGUUUUAUUCCUUCACUUUGAAUUUUUUCUUAUUGGUCUGAGACGAAUCUUUUCGUCUGCAGGAAGUGAAAACACAGACUCAGAGACUUAUGAGUGUGCGAGUGUGUUGACAGCAGCUGGAGCAGAUGAUGAUGAGUGCUCGGCUGCAUGAAUAAAUAUAAAAAUAAAAACAGGUUUCAUCAGACAGACUGAAAUAUUAACGUGUUUCCGCUGCAGCUGUGACUCCAAUUCCUCAGUCCUCACCUCUCUCUCUCAGGUGGGAGGAGUUAAUAUUGAAGGAACUCUCUCUCACUCACACACACACACACACGCACACACACAUGCACACACACACAUGCACACGCACGCGCAUGCACAUUUAAAUUCAUUUAUAUUCAUGAAAGGGUCUGCGAGUGUUUUUCUGUUUGUGUGAAUAUAAACAUGAUGAAGGAGGUUUAACUUUUAUUCAUGAAGAAAUUUAUUACACAGCCUGGAGCGCUCUCCCUCUCUCUCUCUCUCUCUCUCUCUAGCUCUCUCUCUCUCGCUCUCUCUCUUUCGUACAGUAAAUAAAUCCAAACUCUAGAGGAAAAGGUGAAUUCCUGCAGACGCUCUGCACUCUUGAAAAAAAAGCUCUAAAUGAGGAAAUUGUCAAAUCAAUCCCGGUACAAGGACAAACAGAGUCAGUCAACUUUGUUCUCAGUAGAUCUUUUCAGCCCACGGGAUGUUUUUAUAGUUUUAAGAGCUUUAAACUUCAUGUUUGAAAAAGGCCACUGAGGUGCUGUCUCAGGUGCCUUCAUUGUAAAUAAAGCAUCGACAUUUCAGAGACGUUCGUCCUUGCAGUGGAAGUCAGCUGAUGAAAUCUAAACAAAAUGCACUGUGGUUGCUCUUAAAGUGUACAAAAUUUAAAGAAAGCACCCCAGUUUCUUUUUUAAGCUAAUAAGACACAGUAGCAUGUGUUUGUUCUUUCUCCUUGACGAACAAAAUGUAAACAAAGUUCAUUCUAAAUGUUGUAUUUAAUUUAUAUAUAUUUAUAUUUUGCCAAUAAGUAGAAAAUGAAGCACCCUCUGGUUUCUUUUGGGCGACUAAUAGAUAAAGAAAUUGGCCUGUUUUGGUCCUGUAAAUGGACAAAAUGUAAACAAAGUACCCUCUAGUUGUUUUAUUAAUAUAUUAAUUAUAAACACUGCCCUCUGUUUGUUUUUUUAGCCAACAUGAUGUAAACAAAGUGCCCCUAAGUUUCCGUUUUCACAAUUAAAAGGUAUAUUAAGUGUUUUCAAUUUGUUCUUCAGACGGUGAAAUGUAAACAUAGAGCCCUCUAUUAGUUUUUGGUUAAAAAACGUAAACAAAGUGUCUUCUAAGGAAAGUAUUUUAAAGCUUAUAGAAUGUAAACUAAGUGCCCCAGUUGCUUUUUUAAGCUCAUAAGAUGUAAACAGAGUAGCCUCUGGUUGUUCUUUUUCCUUAACGAACAAAACGUAAACAAAGUUCACCCUAAAGUUUUUAUUUUAUUCAUAGAUAUAUUUAUAUUUUUGCUAAUAAGGAGUAAAUGAAGCACCCUCAGGUUUCUUUUGGGCUGAUAAUAAAUAAAUAACUUGGCCUGUUGUGGUCCUAUCAAUGAACUAAAUGUAAACAAAGUACCCUCUAGUUGCUUUUUAAACUUAAAUUACAUUAUUAAAUUAUUUGUUUUUUUAGACAAUAUGAUGUAAACAAAGGGCAGUGAAGUUUUCAUUUUAGUAAUUAAAAGGUAAACAAAGUGUUUUCAAUUUGUUUUUUAGCAGGUGGAAUGUAAACAAAGGGCCCUCUUAUAGUUUUUAGUUAGAAAAUGUAAACAAAGUGCCCUUUAUUAGUUUUUAGUUAGAAAAUGUAAACAAGAGUAGCAGGUGACACACGGACAGGAGCAUUUUAAAGCUUAUAGAAUGUAAACAAAGUGUUUUCAAUUAGUUUUUUAGCAGGUGGAAUGUAAACAAAGGGCCCUCUAAUAGUUUUUAGUUUUAAAUGUAAACAAAGUGCCUUUUAAGGACAGCAUUUUAAAGCUUAUAGAAUGUAAACAAAGGGCCCUCUAAUAGUUUUUAGUUUUAAAUGUAAACAAAGUGCCUUUUAAGGACAGCAUUUUAAAGCUUAUAGAAUGUAAACAAAGGGCCCUUUAGUUCUCUAUUAGCAAAUACAAUUUCCCCUUAAGUAGCCACUUGUUGCUUUUUUAUCAAAUAAAACAUAAACUAAAUUUUCUUUAGAUAUUUGAUCUUCUUAAAUGUAAACAAAGUUUCCUUUAGAUCCUCUUUAACUAAUUAAGAUAAAGUACCUUUUAGAUGUUUUUAAAUCUAAUAAAAAUCCCCAAAAUAUUUGAAGGACUGUAGAACAAAAUGUAGGAAACACUCAAGGACACACUAUAAAAAACAUUAUAUCACUACUGUUAGACGCACUAUAGGGACACAGCGGGCUGUAGAUCAAGGAGACAAGGAGACAAGCCGCAGGCAUGAAGGAGAUGAGGAGACGAGCUGCAGGCGUGAAGGAGAUGAGGAGAUGAGCUGCAGGCGUGAAGGAGAUGAGGAAAUGAGCUGCAGGUGUGAAGGAGACGAGGAGACGAGCUGCAGGCGUGAAGGAGACGAGGAGACGAGCUGCAGGAUAAAAUGUUUAAGCACAGCAUUGAGUUCACUGACAGGAAAAGAUCAAACACGUUCUCAGUGAAUGAAAUCACAUUCAGAGUGAAAGAUGAAAUCCUCAGAGGACGGAUUAUCUGCUGCAGAAGAAGAAAAGAAGUGCAGAGGGGGGAAAAAGCGUGAAGAGGAACAGAGAGUUCAGAGUGUUAAUAAGAAAUCAGAUCACACACCGACUCAUCAAUCUGACACCUGAACAGAAGGACUCUGAAUCCUUCCUGAGCGAACAUCAGGAAAUAUAAUGAGACCACUGUCGGACCAGAACCAGGUCAGGGAGACCAGAUCUCCCCUGAGGACUGUAGAGAUCCAUCCUUCGACAUGAUCUACCCAUCGGUCGUCAUGUUUUAAUAAUCAAUAUGUUAAAGGGAGAUACAUUCUCUAUUCAUUGAUCAAAUAUUUAUCUAAAACGUUCCCAUAAGUAGUUUGUUUUUCCAGAUACACGCUGCUGCUUCCUGCCCUGUGAUGAAGGUUACUCCUCAUCGCUCUCAGUGUUCUCAUCUUUUUAUCUGCUCAGCCUGUUUCUGCUUUAAUCAACACCAACGCCUCUAUUUUUCCACAGCGUGCUCUUCCUCUUAGCAGUGGCGGAGUUAAAAGAGCUGAAACAUUGUUAAAUGGAGCACAGGUGUACGCACCUGUCAGAGGAAACCAUCAUCAGGUUUAAGUGUCUGAGUUAAUAACCUGUCUGGAGGAGGACUGUGAAGACGUGGUUCAAAAACUAAAAACGGUGUUCGACAGAGACACAAUUGUGGGUUUUAUCUUUUAGACCUGUGUUCAACACGGGGGUGAGGGGGCUUUUAUUUUGAAGUAAAACCAGUUCUGACUUGGGGUAGUCAGGAUCUGAGGAAGUUCCAGUUUUUAGGAGAAAUCUUGAAUGUAAACUCUACCCCUCCCAACCAGUUUUCCCCUCAGCUCCUCCUCUCCCCUCAAGCCCUGCCCACAAACAGACGCUCCUGCUCGCUCGUAUCGUUCCAGUUAAAUUCAGAUAUAAUGCAGAUAAAUACUUCAGAUCAUUACAAAUGGGGCCCAGUCAAGGUGAAAGUCAAAAGCAUUGGUGCUACUGUAGAUGCCAACAGACUACCAGCAAACACAAUGUUUGCAGGACUUCUACAACGAGGAUAAAGUGACAUAGUCCAGGACCCGAAGGAGGACAGUUUAGCGAUGGCGCUACAACACGCUACAGCAGGUCCGUUUGACAAGAAACACUUCUGUUACAGACACUUGUCUUACUUUGUUAAAGCGGUUUACCUGUCCAGCAGAAAGGUUACAGGGUCACCAAGAUCCCCAAGCGUCCCCCAUCGUUUAUGUUGACCCGGCUUUUUAGCUCUUGUCCGGUCUACCUCCGUUUUAAGCGCCCGUUAUUCCUCCAAAGACUGUUUUCUUUUUGACCGGUUCGGUGUUGACUGUUUUCUUGCUGACUGUUUUCUUGUUGAUUGUUUUUUGUUGACUGUUUUGGUGUUGACUGUUUAUGGUUGACUGUUUUCUUGCUGACUGUUUUCUUGUUGCCUGUUUUGGUGUGGACUGUUUUCUUGUUGACUGUUUUCUUGUUGACAGUUUUCUUGUUGAUUGUUGUUGACUGUUUUCUUGUUGACUGUUUUCUUGCUGACUGUUUUCUUGUUGACUGUUUUCUUGCUGACUGUUUUGGUGUUGACUGUGGUUGACUGUUAUCUUGUUGACUGUUUUCUUGUUGACUGUUUUCUUUUUGACCGGUUUGGUGUUGACUGUUUAUGGUUGACUGUUUUCUUGUUGACUGAUUAUAGUUGACGUUUUCUUGCUGACUGUUUUCUUGUUGACUGUUUUCUUGUUGACUGUUUUCUUGUUGACUGUUUUGGUGUUGACUGUUUUCUUGCUGACUGUUUUCUUGUUGACUGUUUUCUUGUUGACUGAUUCAGACAAUUUUCUUGUUGACUGUUUACUUUGUUUGGGCUCCUGAGCUGUUUUCUUGUUGACUGUUUUCUUGUUGCCUGUUUUGGUUGACUGUUUUCUUGUUGACUGACUGUUUCUUGUUGACUGUUUUCUUUUUGACUGGUAUGGUGUUGACUGUUUUCUUGCUGACUGUUUUCUUGUUGACUGUUUUCUUGUUGACUGUUUUCUUGUUGACUGUUUUAUUGUUGACUGUUUUGGUGUUGACUGUUUAUGGUUGACUGUUUUCUUGUUGACUGAUGAUAAUUGACGUUUUCUUGCUGACUGUUUUCUUGUUGACUGUUUUCUUGCUGACUGUUUCUUGUUGACUGUUUUUUUGCUGACUGUUUUCUUGUUGACUGUUUUGGUGUUGACUUUUUUGCUGACUGUUUUCUUGUUGACUGUUUUCUUGUUGACUGUUUAUGGUUGACUGUUUUCUUGUUGACUGUUUAUGGUUGACUGUUUUCUUGUUGACUGUUUUCUUUUUUACUGGUUUGGUGUUGACUGUUUUCUUGUUGACUGUUUUGGUGUUGACUGUUUUGGUGUUGACUGUUUUCUUGCUGACUGUUUUCUUGUUGACUGUUUUGGUGUUGACUGUUUAUGGUUGACUGUUUUCUUGUUGACUGAUUUUAAUUGACGUUUUCUUGCUGACUGUUUUCUUGUUGACUGUUUUUUUGCUGACUGUUUUCUUGUUGACUGUUUUGGUGUUGACCGUUUUCCUGUUGAACGGUUUGGUGUUGACUGUUUUCUUGCUGACUGUUUUCUUGCUGACUGUUUUCUCAUUGACUGUUUUCUUGGUGAGUGUUUUCUUGUUGACUGUUUUCUUGCUGACUGUUUAUGUUUGAGUGUUUUCUUGCUUGUGUCGGCAGUCGUGGCCAAAGGAGGAUUCAGACAAUUUUCCGAACUUUCUGGUUGGUUUCUACUGUCUGAUAUUGUAGCACGCUAACUUUGUUUGGGCUCCUGAACGACACGGGGGAGCAGCGUCUGGCUCACAACCAAUCAGGUUAGAGGAGGUGGAGAACGGCUUUGUUUACAGUCAGAAAGAGCGGACCGCUCAAAAAUGUUCAAAUGUUGACGACACAGACAGAACACAGAGAUAUCGAUAUAUUACCAAAUGUCAUCAUAACUAAUAACUAUUGACUGAUAUUAGAAGAUUUUUUGUAAAUACACAAAAUAAAAAGAUGCUUCUUUAACGGGUUCCUGACUACAACACCUUUAAAGCCUGAACUCUUUCCUGUCUGUGUGUCACCUGCUACUCUGUUCCUGUCCUACAGGUUCCUGUUCAACACAUCUUUCUCAGGUCUGACGGGUCCGGUCCGAGUCCACCAGAACCAGUCACAGGUCCUAACCUCUCAGCGGUUCCACAUCUGGAGCCUACGGCGGGACGCGCUGGGUCAACCCACCUGGGUAACCGUGGGCAGCUGGGAGGGAGGGGAGCUGCAGGUGGAGGACCAGGGAGUCUGGCAGGGACCCAAACCUCCCCACAGGACAGAAGGGGGCGGCCGGAGGAUCAAGGGGCGCUGGAGGGCAGGGAUGCCAGUGGCGGGUAGCCGAGUCCGUGUGGUGACCCUGGUGGAACAUCCCUUUGUGUUCACGCGGGACGUGGACGAUGAAGGCAGCUGUCCGGCCGGCCAGUUCUGCCUGGAUGCCAGCACCAACAGCUCGGAGGUCCUGGAGCGGGUCUUCAGGGAGGUGGCUGUAGGGAACGGCAGCUUCCUGCCUGCAGAAUACAGCAAGUGUUGCUAUGGUUACUGCAUCGACCUGCUGGAGAAGCUGGCUGAAGACCUGGGAUUCCAGUUUGAUCUCUAUAUCGUUGGAGAUGGGAAGUAUGGUGCGUGGAAAGGAGGGCGCUGGACCGGGUUGGUUGGGGACCUCCUGAAUGGACUUGCAGACAUGGCUGUCACUUCCUUCAGCAUCAACUCGGCACGGAGUCGAGUCAUUGACUUCACCUCACCCUUCUUCUCCACCAGCCUGGGUAUCUUGGUGCGCAGUAAGGACACUGCCGCCCCCAUCGGUGCCUUCAUGUGGCCUCUGCACUGGUCCAUGUGGGUCGGCAUCUUCCUGGCGCUGCACAUCACCGCGCUCUUCCUCACACUUUACGAGUGGAAGAGUCCGUACGGCAUGACGCCUCAUGGACGCAACAGGGUCCGGGUGUUCUCAUACUCCUCGGCUCUGAACCUGUGCUAUGCCAUCUUGUUUGGGCGCACCGUCUCCUCCAAGACCCCAAAGUGCUGGACCGGACGGUUCCUGAUGAACCUCUGGGCCAUCUUCUGCCUGUUGGUGCUAUCCAGCUACACCGCCAACCUCGCUGCUGUCAUGGUGGGAGAGAAGACCUUUGAGGAGGUGUCUGGAAUCCAUGAUGCCAAGGUGAGAGUCCUGAAAUUCCACAAAGCUGGUCCCGGGGCUAAUUUGAAACCGGUGCCUACUUUGGACACAGUUUUAUGUGUUUUGGCCACCAAAGAACUGGCGCUCAGUCCGGAAAAAAAAUGGCUCCAGAGUUAAAUAUAAAGAAGAUUCAAAAUGCAUGAAAUAGUUACCCGUCACCUCAAACACAAUCCCUGUUCAGAGCAACCCUGACGAGCAGAGUUCACAGAGGACCUGUUAAUCUUGGAUAGUUUGGACGGUAAGUUUCCAGAAAUCCAGCCGUUCACAUUAGAAGAAAUGAUGAGGCGUCUUGAUGAAAGUAAAAAAUCUGGAUCCUCACGGCACUGUCUCCAAAGAAUACUGGCAAGAGCAGACAGAACGAUCACACUUUUCAAAUGAAAACCCGUCUCAUGUUCGGACUAAUAUGUUCAUUUAAAACUCUGCAGCAGGUUUAUGGAGACGCUUUCACUUCUUACCCAUGAAAAGUAACAAACAAACAAAAUCCCACAGUUUGAUCCAGCACCGACCCAGAACUAUCACCAGGACCACGUUAGUAAAAGUCCUUGAAAGACUUGAUUCCACAACUGUUUGUCCUCUGCAGACUCAGAUAAAAGUCUGUAUGACUAAGAGAUUAAAAACUAAAACACCCCGACUGCAGGGUUCAAAUCUGUGUUCAAACUGUGAUGGUUCAGGAUAGAUCAACAAGGAGACAGUUUGGGUCUAAAAAACAGAAAACAAAAACUUGAAACCUGAUCGAUAAACUCUGAGUGAUGGAAACCUGCCAACGUGAAGCUUUGGUCAUCUCAGGUCAACCUUAGGAGCGAGUGUUUGAACAUCUUUGUCUUUCAGCUUAAGAGUUUUUGUUUCUGGUUGAAUGAUUUCAUGAUGACGGUUUGUUUGAUCAGAUAAUCUGACUGAAAGUCUCAUCAGACGCUCUAACAUCACACACUCUCACACACACACACAUUGGACGCACCAUCAGCUUUAUCUCAUCGUAACAGAGAGCGUCUCGUGGUAAUCCUCUGAAAGUGUUUUAUCAGAAAGACAAGGGCACCACAACGGCUUUAGUUCAUACUAAUAAUAACAAUAAUUAUUAUAACUAGCGCCCCGCGGGGAACCAACAGGCCCAAGCUCUAUCAUGCCGCCACCUCUGUGGACCGCUUCCCCAGCAAACCACCGCCCUAUCAGAUUGUCUGUCACAAAAAUAUUAUAGUACAAUAUUAUGAAAUGUCAUAGUAUCAUAUGAUUAAAAAGGUCAUAGUACAGUAUGAUUAAAAUGUCACAAUAUAGUUUGUUAAAAAUGUCAUAGUGUAGUGUGUUAAAGGUGUCAUAGUAUAGUAUGAUAAAAAAAAUUAUAUUUAAGUGUGAAAAAAAGUUUCAUAUUUAAGUGUGGAAAAAGAUGUUUAAGUACAGUAUGAUGAAAAUUGUCAUAUUUUAGUAUGAAAAAAUGCGAUGUAAUAGUGUGUUUAAAACUUCAUAUUUUCAAAAUUUUCAUAUUUUUUUAUAUUUUAGUAUUGAAGAAAAGUCAUGGUAUAGUAUGAUAAAAAAUUCAUAUUUUACUGUGAAAAUAUUUUUCAAAUUUUAGGGUAAAAAAAUGUCAGUAUAGUUUUAAACAUAUGUCAUAGUAUAGUAUGUGAAAAAAAUCCUAUUUUAAUAUAAAAAAAUUUAAUUGUAUAGUAAGAUAAAAAUGUGAGUAAAGUAUGUCAUAGUAUACAAUGAGAAAUAGGUCAUCGUAUAGUGUGUCAAAAAAAGUCAAAGUAUAGUAUGUUUAAAAAAAAAAUUAUUUUUUGUAUGAGAAAAAUGUCAUAAAAGAGUAUGUAUAGUAGUAUAGCAUAGUGUGUUUAAAAAUGCUAUAGUAUAAAAUCUUAAAGGUUUUAUAUUUUACAAUGAAAAAAAAACAUAUUUUAGUAUUAAAGAAAGUCAAAGUAUAGUACGAUAAGAAAUAGCAUAGAAGAGUAUGAUAAAAAUGUCAUAGUAUAGUAUGUUAGAAAUGUCAUAUUUAAGUAUGAAAAAUAUAUCAUAGUAUAGUGUGUUUAAAAAUGCGAUAGUAUAGAAUGAUAAAAUUUUCAUAUUUUACAAUGAAAAAAACAUAUUUUAGUAUUAAAGAAAGUCAUAGUAUAGUACGAUAAAAAUUUCAUAUUUUAGUGUGAAUUUUUUUUUCAUAUUUUAGGGUGAAAAAAACGUCAUAGUAUAGUGUGUUAAAAAUGGCUUACUGAAGGAGCUCACAAAUGGCUUAGUGUGUAAGUAUGCAUGUGUGCGAACCACAGUCCUCCCAGAAGUAACAGGUUCAAAUCCAACCGUGACAUGAUAAAAAAUGUCAACGUAAGUUAAACAUUUUAGAUUUUUGAAUGAAAAAAAAAAUUAUACUUUAAAAUGGAAAAAAUGUCAAAGUAUAGAAUGUGAGAAAUUUCAUAUUUUUGUAUGAAAAAAAAUGUCAUAGUAUACAAUGAUAAAGAUUUCACAUUUUAGAGUGAAAAAUUAUUUCAUAUUUCAGUAUAUCAAAAAGGAAGUUACAGGAAGUUAUACAGGAAACUACCAAAGCAUGAAAACUGUAGGUUGCACCAGCGAGUUUUUUUUCCCCAUAUAUAUUGGGGCACAGCAAAAUAUGCGAGAGCAGUACUUCGCUUAAACAGAGGAGGAGUCUAAAGGAAACUGUUGAAAUCUUCAGGUGAUGCAUUCACUGCAGCUCAGACGUUUUAAUCACUCCUGGUGUCCUGUGGUGAAAUAAUUACAGAUUAAAUUUGUUCUGUAGAUCACCUGCCUCGUUCUAAUUAAACUUUAAUUCGGCGACCGACUGAAGCAUGAAACCCGUCAGUGAGUGUUUAAACAGCCGAGGCUUCUGGGAGCUCAGAGGUUUAAAGAACGUUCAUCUGUGUGAUGAGCUUUUUAUUUUAAAACCAGAGCGCACUCAGAGUCGGGCUUCGUCUGCUGAUCAGGAGGACACCGACACGUUCAUGUCUACACUGUCUGUCAUCAUCGGAACACCAUCUCUACAAUAUCUCUUUAUCAUCGUGAGACUUUAUUAUCUCUUCAAUAUCUCUAUCUCAACAUGGUCACUACACCAUAUCUCAUCAUCUCCACGUCAUCUCUACAACAUCUCCACAUCAUCUCCAUCGUCAAUAUCAAUCCUAUCUUUACUUCAGCUGCACUAAACCCACAUUUUAAUUUAUGUCUUUGCUAAAGUUUCCUUACUAUCUUUGCAGUUUGUCUUUGAAAAGUUGAUGCAGACGUUAAAAAAAAAAAGAAACAACAUUUAAGUCCAAAGUUUGAACAACUUCCUGUGGUUGAGCGUUUUUCCCUCCUCUUUCUUCCUUCACUCCAAUCGCAUCAACUUUUCUUCCUCUCUUCUUUUUUUUUCUUCCUCUUCUUCUUCUUCUUUGGUUUGUGUCGCAGCUGCACCACCCCUCAUGGGGUUUCAGGUUCGGGACUGUGAGGGAGAGCAGUGCAGAAGAUUACAUGAAGAAGAGCUUCCCUGAGAUGCACGAGUACAUGAGACGCUUCAAUGAACCGACGACCCCUGAAGGCGUCGCUACUCUCAAGUAAGAGACAGAAACCGAACCGAGACAGAAUCAGAACCAGAAGACUUUAUUUAUGAAUCAGUACGUUUACAUGACAAUCGAGAAAACCGAAUUAUCGCCUUAUUCCGAUUAAGACCGGACAACUGAAGGUCAUGUAAACACCUUAGUCCGACUAUAAUCAGAGUUUGAGAACUCUGAUUAAGACACCCAGAUAAUGAGAUUGGAAUUCGAUUUUCUCUACCAUGUGACCAGCGUAGUCGGAGUAUGACGCCACGCCCCCAUAACCCCGUAUCAAACCCCCAGAGUAGAGGAGUAGCGUUGGUCUCCUCUUUAGAAAAAGUAGCGCGUCCAUCAUGUCGGACAAAAACAACGCUGUAUGAUGCUCCAUCUUCUUGUUUCUCCAAAAUGCCCAGCAGCAGUUGUAGACACUUCUGACGUCUGACACCGACCUGCUGUUGUUGUUGACGGUUGUAUGGGGUCGGAAACAGCGCCGCUGAAAAGACCCAUAUCGCCCCCUAGUGUUGGGGAGGAGGACACGUUCACGUCAAUAAUUCAGUUUUCUCAGCUGCACGAGGACGAGUCAUGAGCUUAGUCCGAUGAAGCUGUGCUUGUAAACGUACUGACUGUGAUUUGGAUCGGGCCAAACCAGGCCAGACAAGACCGGAUCAGAUCAGACCAGACUGAACAACACUAGACAAGACCAGUCCGUCCCAGAAUAAACCAGACCCAACAAUCUGGAUGACCUGAGAACACCAUACCUUUUUAUACCGGGCCAAACCGGACCAGACAAGGCCAAAAAACACCAGUCCAGAACAGCCCAAACCAGACCAGAACAAACCACAUCACACAAGACCAGAGUACACCAGGCCAGACCAGAGGAGAUCAAACCAAACAAGAAAAAAACAGACCAGAACCGACCAUACAAGACCAAGCUGGACCAGACAAAACCAAAUGAGACUGAAAUAAACCUGACCAGAACAGAACAGACCAUCUCAGACUGAAUCAUACCUACCAGAACCAAAUCAGACCCGAACCGACCAUACAGGACCAUGUCAAACCAAAUCAGGUUGGACCAGACCAUCUAAGACCAUGCCGGACCAAAAACAAACUGAAAUAGACCGGACCAGACCAAAAACCAGAUCAUCUCUGUGUUCAGAAACAGAAGUUACUGUGUUUGCUUUGUGGGUUGCGGUGGUUGCCAUAGUAACCAUGUUGCUCUGUGCUGAAGGACAGAUCCCCCUCAGCUCGACGCCUUCAUCAUGGACAAAGCGUUGCUGGACUACGAAGUUUCCAUCGACGCCGACUGCAAACUGGCGACUGUCGGGAAACCGUUCGCCAUCGAAGGUGAGGCACAGUGUGUGUGUGUGUGUGUGUGUACUUGUGUGUUUGUAACCAGCUUUGUGAGGACAGAUACGGCGAUCUGACGGACUGGAAUUGAGGACAAAGUCGUAAGUGUUGAAGUUUUUUCCAAUAAGUCAAAGUUAAAGGUUUUGACAGUCCAACGUGUGAGACCGUCAGGUCGGCGUUAAUGAUCGGGGUCGGUUCAGUUAACCGAUCUUUGGACAAUCUCGGCGUUUUUCCAUGUUUGUCGGGUCCUCAGAUGUAUAGAAACUCCGGCACGUCGGCGAGUUUCUGCAGUUCACUUCCUGUCAUAAAGUUACAUCAGAUUUCAUCAGAGAGAGAGACUCUGCAGACUCUUUAACUGUUUGACAUUCAAACACAGCUGUUUGUGCUCCGACACACACACACACACACACACACACACACACACACACACACACACACACACUUUCUUACUCCUACAACAGGCCUGCAUGAAGCCUUAGAGACGAAACUCGGGGUAAAGAGAUUUAAAAAGAACACUGAUGGGAGGUUUGCGUCUCACUCACUUACUUCUGUUUUUCAUUAUUGUUGUUGUUGUUGCUAGGUUACGGUAUCGGCCUGCCUCAGAACUCACCUUUGACCUCCAACAUCUCCGAGUUCAUCAGCAGGUACAAGUCAGACGGGUACAUGGACCUGCUGCACGACAAGUGGUACAAAGUAGUUCCAUGUGGGAACAGAGUGUUCGCCGUCACCGAGGUCAGCCUGAUGUUUGAGAAACACUCAAGAACUCUGUGUGCAUGUUCAUUAGCCUAAGUCAUGAAACAAGUUAAUCAAACAGUCAGCAAAGGGGUUUAAAACACGCAGCUGCCAACAGUCAUGCAAAGUCAGAGAGAAAUUUUGACCGUCUGCUGAGAGUAAUUGCACGGCAGCGUAAGUGUUGUCAUGGUCAAACCUUCCAGAGAUCAUGACAGCAAUUCCGUCUCUGGAUGACCUACAGAUAAUUCCCCUUUACAUAAAAUCGGUUAAUAUUCCUUUGACAUUUAUGUUUCUAUAAUAAUCCGAGUAUGUGACUGUCCCAGAACGGACUGAUUUAACCUUCGUCCUCAGAGCUUAUUUUCUUGGGAAGUAAGCUUGGUAUGAAAAGUAAAAUUAGCGCCACAUCGGUCAUGAAGGACAGAUUUGAGCUGUCAGGUGGAGAUGCUAAAGACAUCGGAGGAUUCAAAAUAAAGACGUUCAGUGAAGUUUAUUCUGCGUCCUCCUCUCUUUCAGACUCUGCAGAUGGGGAUCAGUCACUUUUCGGGUCUCUUCGUGCUGUUGUGUGUCGGAGUGGGCGGAGCUCUGCUGACUCUGGCGUGUGAGCAUGCGUUCUACAAACUUGUCCUUCCGCACAUUCGGCGCCGCCAGAACCUGAAGUACUGGCUCCACACCUCUCAGGUGAGUCUGCGAGCAGGAUUACAGGUUCUCAUGGACAAAGUGUUAAAAACUGCAGUUCCUCAGGUGUCCACUAGAGGCUGGCUGCAGAAGUGCCAAAUACCACAUACACACGAAUGCAAACAGCUAAUUUUUAGGAGAAUGAACACAUUUACAGCCGACCUCAAAAAAUAAGAGUUGUCUAAAAACGCUCAUGCUCUCAAGCGCAUUGGCAAGAGGACUUCAAGGCAUGGCAUCAGGACAUUCAAGUUAACGUGUCAAUUUACACCGACUUCUUUCCGUUCCUCUGCCGAUCGCCGGACUCCUCAGCUGAUCACAAGAGUUCUAUUUUUUCUGGACGCCGGAGCAUGGCGGAUAAAUUCAGCACAGAUUAACCCGUGCUGGAAAGGAAGUCGGGCACAGACACAAAAUAAAACAUCCGGCUUCUUUUCAAAAUAAAACACUCCAUGUUUCAGGAGGAUCGUAUUUCACACCAUGCAAACGGGUGGAGACGAACAAGUGAAAGGUUUUUAGACGUCAUUUCACCCCGAUGACACCAUGGAUGAGGAGAUGCUGAUUCUAGAAGUCUAGAAGUAGAUUUCCUCCUCUGGAAGGACACAAUCUACUGCUUAUAUGUCUAUGUGUCUGUCUUUAGAGAGACGACUCGUUAUCGUGUGAUUGAACGUGAAUCUGCGGGUUCUUGUUCUCACGAACAUCGCUGUCCGUAAUCUGCUAUGAAAUUCACCUAACCAAUGGAUUCGGUAGGAAUUGACAGACAGCAAAAAUCGUCAUUCCGGAUCCGGUGAAAAUUGGGGGUUAUGCUGCGUUCCAGCUACCUCGGAAGUCGGAUGUCGGAGCUGGAAAUGACGUCACACCCGAGUUGACAGCGUUCCAGUUAACAAGUCGGAAAACCAAGAUGGAUGCCUACAGUUACCGUUGUUAGCCGUUGUCAGCGGUUGUCAGUUGUUGUUAGCAAUACCAGUUGUAAACGACGCACAACACAGUAUUUUACUCGUACAAACACCAUCGCACCGUGUUCACAGUUCGACGUUGAGCAGUACAACAUAAACCACUUAUUUAAUUUCACAAAAACAAAACAGAAGUGCUGAUAAAUAAAACAUUACGAGAGCUUUCACUGUUACUCUCUACUGUUGAUGCUCUCCGCUGCCAUCUUGGAUUAUGACGUUGCCGUCAAGUCGGGGUUGGUGAGGAUUGUCCGACUUUCUGAGUCGGUAAUCCGACAUCAGGGGGACAUUCCAGAUGAAUUUCUGACUCAGAGCUCGGAAAUCCCGACUUCCAAGUACAACCGGAAAGCAGCAUAAAGGCUUCCCUCUGGUUGUCGCUGCAAAAGGCGUCAAAACUCACAAACAGACAGGUGACGUCACCAACGCUACGUCCAGUUUUUAACGGUCUAUGGGACAAAAAUAACAAAUGUGAAAGAGUUACUGCCACAAAACCACAAAAACAUGACAAAAAAAGUAUCUAGAAGGUUCUGGGGAGGCGCGGUGACAAAGCUACAUAAGGUUAUUGGAUGUUUCAGAUGUUUUCCGGGUAUAAAGAUCAGGUUCUUUAAAUAAUCACCUUUGGUUUGUCGGUGAAGAAGUAGAUCUGUGUUGUUUCUUUCUGAUCGUCUGUUUGUGUUUUGACAGAAAAUCCACCGAGCUCUGAACAUGACGUACGAAGAUGUGAAGAAGCAGAAAGUAGAGAAAGAGAAGAGGUCUGUUUGAAGCUGAUUUUUAUCUUUAAGAAAAAACAUGAAAAUCCUCCAGAUCAGAAACUGACGGAUGUUUUUAUACAUUUAUGGAGUUCAGAAACCCGAUGAUGUCAUUGACGAUAAUCCCGAACUCUCUCCUGAGCUCUGUGUUAUCUAACCAGCAAACCUGUUCUCUCUGUGUUUAGCUGCAACCUGCAGAAAGCUCCGCCCACCUCAGGACUCCCCGCCCCUCCAGUCCCCGGAGCAUCAGCGAGGUGGAAUAACGAGACAGCUAAGGAAGACACCGCAGCUGCCGUGAAGGACGCCAGAGACUUCAAACGAGUCCACUUCAAUCUAGAGACUCUCAACACCCGCCGGCUCCUUGCUCGUAUCGCCAACACUGAAGCCAAGGGAGGCGGGGCCAAAGAAGAGCAGGACAAGCCAGCUAAGACACCAGCAGUGCCAAACAGCAGAGUGUGUCAGAACGGCGGACCAGCGUCACUCGCCAGUUUGGUGCUGUCCCUCCCAUCCUCCUCCUCUUCUUCUUCCCGUCCUAACACCGCCGCUCCUCCCUCUGGAAUUGUAGCCCCUCCCCCUACAGCAAAGCCGCCUCCCCCUUUGUCUGUUGCCCCUCCCCCCGCUCCUGUGGCUCCACCCAAACCUGGCGAGCUGGAGGAGCUGCAGGAGCAGAUUGAGCAGAUGAGGGAGAAGCUGAGGACAGCGCUGGCGAGGAGGGCGGAGAUCCAGACCACCCUGACCAAACCUGUCGUCACGGAGACGGACAGCCCAGCUGCUGCUACUAUGACAACAACAACAACAACAUCAGCAGCAGCAACAACAACAACAACAACAACAACAGCUGUACCUCCCAGAGCCCCACUCUUUGUUGCCCCGGUAACGACACUGCCUGCCAAUACCAAGUGUGUGACAACGAUGACGGACCCCCCGCAUAAAGUCCUGUCCAAAGUCCGGCCCAUUCAGAGCAGACUGGCCAAUCAGAGGAGGUGAUGCCUUCUGAUCAUGUGACCGGCUGCACACGGCAGCCAUUUUAAACAGCUGAGUGAGAAAACAAACAACAACAAAUAAUGUUUACACCCAACCAACGAGGAAGCUGAUUGGACAACUGAUUUGUUUUCUCCUAUUUAUGCUCCUUUGGUUUUCUGACCACAGGGGGCAGCAGUGAGGCCGGUGUUUAAAUAUCUGCCGACCAAAAUAAAAGCCAUCAAGCUCCCUGAUGUUUUUUUUUUUUUAAUUAACACUUCCUAAAAAAACAAAAUAAAUACCAACGUUUCAAACUUAUUUCCUAUAAAAUCUUUUUGUUCAUUCAGUUUAAUCGUCCUCUGAAAUAGUGCAGGACAUAAAUAAAGCCUCAAUAAAAUUCCUAA